UGGAGGACUUUUCGAACAUCGCGGAAGCCGGCGGCCCCUAAUACAAACAAAACACGCGGUAGCAGCGUGCUUCUGCUGCUGUCUCUCCACGGAAAUCAGUUCGAAUCUUUCAACAUCAUCGUUCAGAAGAUGGCGCCGUUCCAGCAACUAGACGACAAAACCCUGCCAGGCUAUGUCACUCGCAUGAUAUGGUCGCCGAAAAUGGACUUGUUGGCUCUUGCUUUCGAAUCGGGCGAAGUGGUUGUUCACAGACAUAAGUGGCAGAAGGUCUGGUCCCGCCCGAAACCGGAAGACGGCGUGAGGGUCACUGCAUUGAGCUGGAAACCUGACGGACUAAACCUCAUAAUCGCAUACUCUGACUGUCAUUUCGAGCUCGUUCAUGUCGAAAGCGGCGAGAGUCUCUACUCGAUCAACACCGAUGACUCGGUCCUCAAUUUCAACUGGAUUCUCGACGAAACUCGAACUUCAGUUCGAGACGUACCGAAUGCAGAGGACUGUCCACCCAGACUUGAAUUAUUCAAAAAAUUCAAAGACCCGCCCCCUCCGGAUAACCUCCCGCUCACCAUGAUGAUCUGCGUGUUCAGAGAGAUGCUCCUUCUGUCUUUACACGGGAUCCUGCCGUGUGGAGUGAUUCGUGCACCUGACUUAUAUUGCGCCGCUAUAAAUCAAGACGCCUCGAGGAUAUAUGCUUUCGAUAAAGGCGGUCAUUACGUGAUGCUCAAAACUGACUUGUUGAAGUCGAAGCUCGACCAAUUGCACACGAUGGCGUACUUCAACCGAGAAAUGGAAUAUCUCCAAGAUUAUCUGAACGCAGCGAUAAGCCUUCUCAAGGAAUCUUGGGACGAUGUGAUUCUAGAAAUGGACACAAAGCUCUUGAACUUUUCUCAAGGACAAACCCUCCAAGACGAUCUGAUGGAACUCAUCGUUUUCGGAACGCUGUCGGAGCCACUUAGGGACAUUUUAUUGCACAAGGUCACACCGAAAGGUCUAAAUAAACUAAGCUUCAGUGUUGAGGCGAGCUACACCUAUCUUGCUAAGAUAAUUUUCACCAAUGUUCUUCCGGCCUGUCAGCGGCUGUUCUACCAGAUCCAUCAAAUCAAAGGUCUGGCGCUCUGGACGGAAUGUCACGGAUGCAACUUGUCGAUCGAAACGCUCGAGAGCAUCAGUCGAGCAAUUCGUCAACUGAUGCUCAAAGUGUACGAGGUUCAAGAGGUUGCAACGUGGAAUAUAGGGAACCUUAAAGCAUUCUUCCGAUGGCUCCACGCGACAGUCGUUUCCCUGAGCGAUGAUGCGAACACAGAUGACACACAAGUCCAGCUCGCGGGCGAUCUGGCCAAGGUGUCCGCAUAUUUGACAAGUGCCAGGGGCAAUGAUCUUGCCUUGGACCAGGUCGGACAAUACUUCCAAGACAAGCCACUCGAUACCCCAAUCAAGGAGUUCGGCAUCCCGGAACUCCGCCGAAUCGGUUGGUCGGUACAUCGGAAAGAAACGUCGCUCAUCCAAGAAUACGAGAAUUUCAAAAAAGUCAUGAAGCAGCUCUUCCAAGGGCUUGGUUCGGGCUUCGUGAGGGACGUCCAUCCCGAAAGAAUAACAGGUCCUCUGGCGAUCGGUGAAGAUUGUGUUUUCAGUCAGUUGGUGUCGGAGGCUGAUGUGCACACUUGCAUCCUCCCCACUGUCGGCUCACAGUACAUGGUGAUUUUCAAGAACGAAACCUUCUGCGUGCUGAAGUUUGGAGCUUUCUUCAGCACGCCUCUGGCAUCAGAUGGCGAUCAACUGAAGAGCAUCGUCUCGGCGCAGAUGUACUCGCAGACAGUUGUGACUCUAGUUCUUCGCGAUGGGAAUACCACAAUUUUGGCGCAGUUCCCACUUGACCGGGUGGAGAGCCCGCAUUGGAGGAAUGUCUCAGAUCUCCAAGAUGAUUGGCGCAAUAUGGCUCUGGAUGCGGGAGCUUUCAUCGAUAAAAUGAAUCACCGCAUUCUGGAGAAUUGUUGCCCAGGUGAGCAGAUACUCGCCGUGAGUGGACCCAGAAAACUCUGCUGCGUCAGGGUCUCCGGACGUAGGAUGCGUCUACUAGAGAUGGACGUCAGCGACGACGAGGACGACGAUGAGGACGACGAUCAGUUACAUAUAGAAGCAGAAGGGGAAUCCGACGACGAUGCUUAG